GCGGGCCGGGACUGCCUGCCUGCCAACGUAACGCUACGGGGAUUCUCUAUUCAAGCUUCUCUCUUUUGGAAAAGGAUUCCGCUCGUGAACCGCGGAAGUGAACUAUUCAGCCGGCUAUUAGUGCUGAUAUGGUCGAGGCCAGGAGUACAGAUAAACGCGACGCGUGUGCCGCAGGGUUAACUUUCUGUAAUCCAAAUGGACGAAUGUCGCAUAUCUACACCGUCUACAUGCAUGGAUAUUCCGCCUGGGCAAGAUACCAUGGCUAACAGAUGUUGAUAGACAAUUUUUACGAUGCACUUGCGGAUCACGAGAGCGUUUUUGAAUAUGCGAAGGGGAACGGCAGAUACAUAUUCAUAUUUAUAUCCGGACUUGGUCGGUUGGGAAUAUCUUUGCGUUCGUACCAGACAAUAUAUAUAAUUUAUUAGUAAUGGAAGCGUGAUCAGCUGCUUUCGGAGCCGGAAGGAUUAUACUUGUGUGCGUGUACAUGGGCCAUAAAAACUCGCGUUAAUGACUGCUUCCGGUCGGUUUGAUUUUAUUAUUCUGAGGUAACUUAUGUGCUGCAUCGGAUUUACCACUGCCGGCUUAAUUCGAUAUUAACCGCUCUAUCUUGGAUUUAUUGGCCGACAGUUAACCCGCAAACUUCAUUAUUGCAGCAUCCUUGGAUUAUCGGUAGCGAGUGCGAGAGUUCAUAAUGUCAGCCCGUGAUGCAAGUGCACCCCGGGAAUGGAGUGUACAUACCGGUUCCGGCUACUGUCCUGCAAUCUGGCAUUGCACGCCAGCAUCUUAAGGACUUUCGUGAAAUUAUCCAACUGAUCCGGGCAGCGCACACGCGUCGACCGUGAGAGGAAUAUUAAAGACAUACCCUGCACUCCAUAAUCUAAUUGCCUGUUAGGUGCGCUCCGGGGAUUAUACGCAUGUCGCCUGUAUUGUUAUCAUGAACAUAAUGCAAACUUCCACUGCGCCUCACACUGCUCCACCCAACAUUACUGCUAACUACGACAAUAGUCCACAUCUCCAGAUUUUACGGAUUGGAAUUAUCAGUUUUAUCCUUACCAUUCUCAGCAUUGCUACCAUUGUGGGAAAUCUUUUGGUGGUUUUAGCCGUACUCCUUGUCCCGAAACUGCAGCGGCCGGAAAAUUUACUGAUAAUUUCGUUAGCCAUCGCGGAUUUACUUGUGGGAAUGGCGGUAAUGCCGAUAGCGAUGAUUUAUGAAGUUGCGGAGUACUGGCCAUUUGGGAGCAUCGUAUGCAAUUUGUGGAUAAGUCUUGAUCAAACAGCCUGUUCAGCCUCCAUCCUCAGCUUGUGUAUGAUCAGUUUAGAUCGCUAUCUGGUCAUAACACGACCCUUUCAAUACGGACCAAAGCGAACACUAUGGCGGAUGAUAUCGGCAGCGGUGCUAAUAUGGAUAUUAUCCUGCAUAAUCAGUAUACCGCCUUUGUUUUAUUUCGGGAAUCAGACGGAUGAAGUGUGCCUGGUUAGCCAGGAUCCCAUUUACCAAAUUUAUGCAACGAUUACUGCCUUUUAUGCUCCAGUAUUACUGAUGGGUAUCGCCUACGCGAAAAUCUAUCAAGCGGCAAUGAAAAUCUCCAAGGAGGAAAAAAGUUACACUGUAAUACAUCCUAUCCAGACGUCGAUGCCGGCUGGCCAGAAUAUUACACAACAGCAUCGACAUUCAACCGGCACUCGACCACCAAAGAAAUCCCAAUCCUUUCCGCAGCGUCUCGUCCGUAUCCUAAUACCGGUUACCGCCAGUAAUCCUUCCGUCAACCAUCACGAUCCUCACCGUCAUCCCAGUAAUGCAACCGGCUUCCACCGCACAACAUCGUCCUUCCGUUCACGCGAACUGAAAGCCUUCAAAACUCUGACGGCGAUUAUUGUGGCCUUUCUCGUAUCGUGGUCACCUUUUUUCAUUCUGGCAUUAAUACGACCUUUUUAUACGGGUCACAUUCCCAAAUGGGUGUUUGGACUGACAUUGUGGUUGGGUUACUGUAAUUCUACCAUCAAUCCGGUGUUGUAUUCGAUAUUUAAUAAGGAUUUCCGGCGACCGUUUUCGGAGCUGCUGAAAUGCCGGUGCCGGUCAUUACGGAAGAUUAUGCGGACGGAGAGUUAUGAGACACAGUUUGGCAUGGCUGUCACCCAUCCAUUACGAUCCCCGCGAAAUUCUUCACCAGAACAGAAUCAUUGUACGGCGCGCUUCUAUCUGCAAUCGGAAGGCGACACAUACGGAGAAGAACUAUAAUCUUUCACUAACCGUUCCGUUUUUACACAUUAUGCCGGCCGGCUUUCUGGUAGUAAAUCUAUUUGUAUGAUAGUUUUCCGGUGUUGGAAAGCAUGUUUUCGUGUUCGACGAGAUUUUCAUGGCCGUUUUAUCGAGCCAUUAACGACUGCCACAGCCCGCUCAACAGAUGCGCUAAUUAUU